AUGGCAGAUACUAAUUUAUUACCAUCUUCAUAUGGACGUCCAGAAUCCCCUAAGGAAAAAAGCGUCACAAACAAAUUGUUAUUCGCAACAAUUGUAGCAUGUUUCGGUUCGCUUCAGUAUGGUUACCACAUGGCAGAAUUGAAUGCUCCACAAUCAGUUUUGUCAUGUCAUACUACUGGCACCGAUAAUGCAAUGUCAGAUCCCUUAUAUUAUUCUUUGGGACUUAAAAACUGCGUAGCAAUGAGUGAGCAGCAAAUAGGUUUAAUAACUUCAGUAUUUUCUAUUGGUGGACUAUUUGGGUCCUUGUACGCCGGUGUGCUAGCUGAUAUUCAUGGUAGACGGAAAAUCAGUUUUUUCAAUGCAUUUUUAAGUAUACUUGGAAGUUUGUUACUAACGUUUUCCAAUAGUUUUACGCAGUUUUUAAUUGGAAGAUUAACUUGUGGGCUAGCCGCUGGAAGUAGUGUUGUUGUUACCCCACUAUUAUUAACGGAAAUUGCACCCAAUAAUUUAAAGGGGGCACUAGGCUCAAUGAAUCAAGUUAGCAUUAAUUUGGGUAUAUUAUUGACACAGGUGCUAUCUUUAAAGUGGGCAACUAUAAAUCAAUGGAGAAAUAUUUUAUUUGUGGGGGUCAUACUAGCCACCAUUAACUUUAUUCUAUUGUUUAAAGUGCAUGAAUCUCCAAAAUGGCUCGUUAAUAGAGGGUAUUUGGACGAAGCGGAAGAUGUUUUGCGUGGAUUGCGAGGUGGAACAAGAGCAGACACAAGAAAUGAGAUUAAUGAAUGGCUAAGUGUGAGAAGUGUGUCUAGGACACAGUUGUCCAAACAACAAGAUGAGAACAACAAUAACGGUAGCAAUAGUAACUUAGUAAUGUUGGGACCAUCACCUGCAAACAAUACUAAGCAAAACAACAAGAAAGAUUCAAGUUACCAAAGUUUGCAUGCAAGAUCCACUAGUCCUUUGGUAUCAGCACAUUCAAAUCGGGAAUUUGAAGAAAAUGAAGAAAUCAAGGAGAUUAGUAUGUGGCAAUAUAUUAAAUCAAACCAUUACAACAAAUCCAGGUUUAUGAUUACAAUGAUAUUAAUGGGCCAACAAUUUGUUGGUAUUAAUUCAAUUAUUUGUUAUGGAGUUAAAGUUAUAGGAGACUUGGUUAGCGAGGGGAACACAGCAAUUAUUGUUAACGUUGGAAUAUCGAUAUUGAACGUUGUUGUGACAUUUGCUUCAUCCCCCCUCAUAGAUAAAUGGGGUAGGAAACCAUUAUUAAUUGGAUCUUCAUUUUCCAUGGGGCUUUCAUCACUUUUCAUUUCAUAUGGACUAAAGGCCAAUAGUGCACAAUUGUUGAUUUUUUUUACAUUUUUGUAUAUAGGUGUUUUUGCUAUUGGUAUGGGACCCAUACCCUUUUUAGUUAUUUCUGAAUUAACACCGGACGAAGCUAUUGGAGCUGCACAAAGUUAUGGAACCACUUGUAAUUGGAUUGCAGUUUUUAUUGUAGCCUAUGGUUUCCCUGUUUUAGAUUCUAUUAUUGGGAUAAGUCCAAUUUUUAUUAUAUUUGGUGUUGUAGCCUUUUUAUUUUCUAUUUUCGUAUACUAUAGAUUCCCUGAAACAAAGGGGAGAAGUACAAAGGUUGGAUUAUGGGAUUAA